CAACUGCUACGCAUCCUGCAGCAUGGCCGCUGGAGUGAUGCUCGCUGGUCUGGUGUCUUGGGCGCUGCCCAAUUGGAACUACUCCCUCUCGUUUGCCGCCCUCAGUUGUUUUGCGCUGUUCUUCUUCUUCAGUUGGUUCCCCGAGUCUCCACGCUGGCUGGCGUGCAGGGGUCGCGAGCAGGAGGCGCUGGCCGUUGUGCGUCGCAUAGCAGCCACCAAUGGCUCCACGGUGCCGCCGUUCGCCCUGCAGGUGAUCCAGACUGUGGGCAAGAGCAAGACAGACAGGAGGGGCUUCCUCAGCAUCUUCUCCAGCUUUAACCUCGUCAGGAACACAACACUCCUCAUCAUUGCCAGGUCAGUGCACCUGCUGGCUAUCUACUCACUGGUGAUAGCCGUGAGCCGACUGAGUGCGAACCCUUUCCUGGGGAUAGUGGCGCAGGGGGCGGCCAAGCUGCCUGCCCACUUCAUGGUGAACUACUUUGCGGCGAGGUUCGGUCGCCGUUGGCCCAGUGUAGGGAGUGCACUGUUGGCUGCACUGGCCAGUCUCCUCAUCUUCUGCCUGCUGACUGAACACAUCGCGGGUGCAGCCAUCGUGAUGGCGACCAUGCUGAUGCAGUUCAGCGCCGUCGCCGGUAUGGGCAUGGCAAACCUGCAGAGCAUCGAGCUGCACCCCACCUGCCUCCGCCAGAUCGCAACGGGUGUCGAGUACGCCGUUGCUGGAAUUUCCAUGUCUUCCCUGCCCUACCUGGCGCUGAUGAAUGACAAGCGACUUCCCUUCGCCAUCCUCUGUGCCCUCGAGCUGAUGGUAGCAUUUUCUGUGUCGUUCCUACCAGAAUCUGCAAUGCAGCGAUUGCCAGAGACGUUAAGGGAUGGUGCCGUCUUUGGCAGAGGGCAACCUUACUGGAGCUGGAAACCAAAACCACCUCUUCAGUACGCCACAGGAUAAAGGAGUUCCAGAACUUCCUUAUAGUGUAGUUCUACACUGGUCAUAGAGUAGCAGCUGACAUGUUAAUGCGACGCUAGCAGCCUACGACUUCUGUUUGCUGCCGUCUUGCAUGACUUGCUCGGCCUGCUAUGAGUGGUUAACAGUGCAGGUCGAACUUUAUUUCAAAUCUGUAAACAGUAGCACGAAAACUAAGGCUGGCCAGGAUUAGAUUAUAAAUUUACUCUCUGGUGCAACUAGCGACUCCUGAGAAUCAAUUUUUACAAGACACAGGCAAUAAUUACUGGACGAACUACUUGCAGGAUCCAUCUCCACGUCCAUCUCCAUGGUUUCUGUCUAACCAUUCAUGACCGCCCUAUCCAAUAAACGCUAUACCAAACUAAACUAACAUAGAAACCGCACCCACUGGCUGGCCAAAGAAAACAAAAUAUCACAAUAGACUAAAACUACACGCUGCACAACUAACAGCCUUAAUCUGAGGACUAAUCCUGUUUUUCCAACGUCACCUGGAUUUAUACCCCCUUACACCCACACCUUUAAUUUUAACACUCCCCCAAAAAUGAUACUACGCAACUCUCCUCGCUCUCUGUAUCCACCUACUACCUCCUCCCCCUCUCCCCCACCUGUUACACCUACAAGCGCUCCACAUCCAAUUCCAAAAAAUAUUUAAUCGCCUCUCACAACCUGGCCUCGAAAUCCCAUCCAGAGAUCUACCCAUCCUUCUAUCUUUAACAGAAGUCUCUUCUUGCUUCCAUGUGUGUGUGUUACAGUUCGCAAACCCAAACCACUUUUCUGGGUCCUCCUCCUCAACUCUUCACUCCACAUUCUUUCGAAAACGCAUUUAAGCAGGUGAAAUGUUAAACAGAAUUAUUAUUGA